AUGUAUCCAUCAGGCCCAGUUCUUAUUGUAAGUCUCUUUUAUUCUUCUUCAGCUCUGAUUCAAGCUGCAGAGGUUCCUCAUCUGAUCUCUUUGACUGUGGUUGAAGUUGGUGACAAUGUUACUUUUCACUGUCCAGUCUCUGAGAAUGACAAAUUAUUCCACUGGUAUAAACAGCCUUUUGGACAAAUGGGUCAAACAAUUGCUGCUGUAAUCUUUGGCAAGAUAAAAGUCAGUGAACACUUUAAUGAUUCACGUUUUACAGUCGCAAAAAAGGAUGCUCACUUUUCUGUCACCAUCAGAAAUGUAAGAAAAGAGGAUGAAGCAACAUACUUUUGUCUAAAUGGACCAGUGUUUUCACAAACAUUCAUCUACGGCAGAUUAUUGACUGUAAAUGACAACAACCAGCAGAAAUCAGUCUAUGUGAAACAAAGUCCGGAGACGGCAUCAGUCCAGCUGGGAGAUGCAUUGACUUUUCAGUGUUCACUGCUCUCCAAGAACAAAGCAGAAAACACAGAUCAGUGUCCAGGUGAAUGCAGUGUGUACUGGUUCAGAGCUGGAUCAGGAGGAUUUCAUCCAGGUGUCAUUUACAUUCGCGGGAACAGGAGUGAUGAAGGAGAGGAAAGGAGCUGUGUCUACAGUCUGUCCAAAACUAUACAGGACUCCUCUGAUACUGGGACUUACCACUGUGCUGUGGUCACAUGUGGACAGAUCCUGUUUGGUGAAGGAACUAAAGUCGACACAAGAUCAAAGUUGGAUCCAGUUCUUCUUGUACUUGGAGCACUGUUGGCCUGUUGUGUGACUGUGAUUACCGUCCUCAUGUUCUACAUUAAUGGGAGGAGAGUUUGUGAGAAUUGCAAAGGAGAAACAGGAACUUCUCAUAGUUUUCGAUGUGACAAGUCAACAGUGGAUCAAUCAAACAACCUGAUCCAGAAGGAUGGUGAAGCAGAGGCAGUGAACUAUGCAGCGCUGGAUUUCUCCACAAGAAAAGUGAAGAGGGGAAAUAAAAAGAGGAGAGAGUACAAACAGGACUGUGUGUACUCUGAUGUUAGAUCAGAUUACCACAGCCAGUAA